CCGCCCAGCCUUUAGCCUCCCUCCCACCGCCUCUGUCUCCCUCUCUCCACAAACUGCCCCGGAGUGAGCAGCCGCUCUCGGAGGGCCCAACAGAGACGGACAGACGCACUGACUGCCCGACACCCAAGCCUGCCAACUAGCCAGCUUGUGCCCGGCCGCUUGUCCUCCCCAGGCACGCCCACCAUGCUGCCCCUGUGGCUCCUGGCAUCCUUGCUGGCCGUGAGCCAGACCCUGCCCUUCGAGCAGAAGGGUUUCUGGGACUUCACCCUGGAUGAUGGGCUGCCCAUGCUGAAUGAUGAGGAGGCUUCAGGUGCUGAGACCACGUCAGGGGUCCCGGACCUGGACGCCCUCACGCCCACCUUCAGCGCCAUGUGUCCCUUCGGCUGCCACUGCCACCUGCGGGUUGUUCAGUGCUCUGACCUGGGUCUGAAGGCUGUGCCCAAGGAGAUCUCACCCGACACGACGCUGCUGGACCUGCAGAACAAUGACAUCUCCGAACUUCGCAGGGAUGAUUUCAAAGGCCUCCAGCACCUCUAUGCUCUCGUCCUAGUGAACAACAAGAUCUCCAAGAUCCACGAGAAGGCCUUCGGCCCCCUGCGGAAGCUGCAGAAGCUCUACAUCUCCAAGAACCACCUGGUGGAGAUCCCUCCCAACCUGCCCAGCUCCCUGGUGGAGCUCCGGAUCCAUGACAACCGCAUCCGCAAGGUUCCCAAGGGCGUGUUCAGCGGGCUGCGCCACAUGAACUGCAUAGAGAUGGGCGGGAACCCCCUGGAAAACAGUGGCUUUGAGCCCGGAGCCUUCGAUGGUCUAAAACUCAACUAUCUUCGCAUCUCUGAGGCCAAGCUCACCGGCAUCCCCAAAGACCUCCCCGAGACCCUGAAUGAGCUGCAUCUGGACCACAACAGAAUCCAGGCCAUCGAGUUGGAGGAUCUGCUCCGAUACUCCAAGCUGUACAGGUUGGGCCUGGGCCACAACCAGAUCCGCAUGAUCGAGAACGGCAGCCUAAGCUUCCUGCCCACCCUGCGGGAGCUGCACUUGGACAACAACAAGCUGUCCAAGGUGCCCUCUGGACUUCCGGACCUCAAGCUCCUCCAGGUGGUCUAUCUGCACACCAACAACAUCACCAAGGUGGGCGUCAAUGACUUCUGCCCCGUGGGCUUCGGAGUCAAGCGGGCCUACUACAAUGGCAUCAGCCUCUUCAAUAACCCUGUGCCCUACUGGGAGGUGCAGCCGGCCACUUUCCGCUGCGUCACUGACCGCCUGGCCAUCCAGUUCGGCAACUACAAAAAGUAGGAGCAGCCAGCAGCCGCCGUGGUAGCCUGGGCGGGGUCUCUAGAGAGCCCAGCGGACAUCCUGACGGGGAGGGCAGAGCGAAGGAGCAAAGCCAGUGCCCAGCUGCACCCACUCCAGCCCCGCCCUCGAUCCUGGACCCCAGCUCGCUGCCUCCCAAUGCCCUUAUCCUGGCUCCCAAGCAUGCAGAUGGGGCACGAGACCCAGCCUCCAUCAUAUGUCUCCGGCUUCAGAGCUGUCCCUGCCCCCGCACCCCCAGCAUAGCCACUCAGAGGCACCCUCAUAAAGCUCUCUUCCCACUCACCAUGAAAUCAAACUGCCCGAGGCUCCAGCCCAAGAGAAACGGGCCCUGGGUCAAGGGGCCGGGAAGGGGCUAACAAGGAUGGAGACAGCCCACCCCACCCGCCUGGGACACAAUCCUCCUCGUGUACUUGCAGCUUCCAGCCAUCCUUGGCCUGGCCUGCUACCCUGGGCCUCCCAUGCACCCCCCAACCCUUCUGCAAGACCAUGGCCCAUUCAUCCAGGC